AUGAAAGUACAUUACUUCGCGGGGUAUAAUAGUUCAAUUCAAACAUUGGGUAAUAUAGCCAAGUAUGUAGAAUUUCGCGGUAACCGUUGUGUCGUUUUGGCUCCCUAUUCUUCUGGGCUGAAUCAAAUCGAAAAGUCUUGGUCAGUGGCUAAGAGUAAACGCCAUGGUUCCAAGUCUACUGUCUUGGUUGAGACUACAACUGUAACUGUAGAAUUCUCAUCUUUCACGACUACAGGUUCUAGGCAGGUGUCCUUCAGUCGCUUUAUGGUCAUUGCCUUGUUCUCGGCUCUUUUUGUGAAUGGUGGAGUACUGAAAAAAAAAGUGUAUAGUAUUGAUGACACUUCAAGUAUUAUACGCCAGGAGCUGAUUAAGAAUACAUUUUCAAGAGUCUCAGUUGUUGCCCACCAAUUGAAGAUUCACGUCUUCAUAAAAGAUGUGGUCAAAAUCCCAAAAACAGAGGGUAUUCAAAGACAAUCGCCACGAAGCCGUCUAAAGGGCGUCGGACCAGAACCAGUGAUUCUGAGACAUGGGUACCCCACAGAUGCGGUCGCAACGGGCAUGAUAUAUUGCAAAAUUGAUAUAAUUGAUGAAUAUAUAUAA